AUGCAUUUCGCGUCAUAUAAUACGGAAAGAUCCUUCCCCAACAGCUUUGUGAAAGCUGAUAUUUUUACGGACCAGUUGGAAAGCUCAGAACAUUUAAAUUUAAAUGUGAGUAACCGUAAACUUCGCUACCUUGAUCGUUUGGAUUCGUGCGACGCCGGGGCUUUACAGGCGUUCCCACUGUUAAACAAAUCCAAUGAAGUUCAGACGGAGUUUUUCAAAGAGGGCCUGGAGUAUCACGACUGCCGUGGAUGCAAGCGUGUGGUCAUAAAUGUAAGCGGCAUGCGGUUUGAAACACAGGUAAAAACUCUAGAUCGACUGCCCAAUACCCUCCUAGGAAAUCCGGAGAAAAGAAAAGCAUUCUGGGAUCCAACUAGAGGGGAGUAUUUUCUUGAUCGUCACAGACCAACAUUUCAAGCUGUCCUGUACUUUUACCAAAGUGGGGGGAAAUUGAAGCGACCAAUUGAAGUGCCUUCCGACAUCUUCUUCAGCGAACUGGAAUUUUAUGAACUAGGAGCAGCGGUUAUCGAGUCUUAUAAACGAAAUGAAGGAUACAUGAUAGAAAAGAAGCUACCGCUACCUGAAACUAAGCUUAAGCGAGCGCUAUGGCUUGUAUUUGAAGAGCCGUCGAGCUCCUGGUUUGCAGUUUUCAUCAUGGCUUUGUCUACAGCUGCGAUCCUGGCCUCCCUCGUCGGUUUCUGCAUGGAAACGUUGCCUGAAUACAGCAAAAACACAUGCAGUUAUGAAAACAAGCACGAAGUCAUACACAUACUUUUGGGGAAUGCGUCUGGAGACGAACCACACACAGACAAUAGUCGUAGACUUACUCCUUCAAAUGGGAUUGAUGUCUCACCUAGACCUAAUACACCUGCCCAGGGUUCUUCAGUGGGAUGGCUCACCCAGAAAAAGCCUCCAAAUUAUGGCGACCCCUUCUUCAUUGUGGAGGCGGUGUGUGUGUCGUGGUUUUCCAUCGAGUUUCUCGCCAGGCUUUAUGCUUGUCCAUCGAAGUGCAAAUUCUUAAAGAGCAUGAGCAACAUAGUUGACAUUGUAGCCAUUAUGCCUUUCUUCGUGACCUUGCUAAUUGGCGUCGCGACUGGAAACUGUGUGGAUACCUCAAGAAGUGGUUUUCUCCUUAUUGUAAGGGUUGUCAAAGUACUGCGGAUUUUUAAGCUCGGUAAACAUUCGCAAGGUCUUCAAAUCCUGGCCAAAACGCUCAAAGCAAGCUUCAGUGAGCUUAGCUUGUUUGCUAUGUUUUUAUGCAUAGCUCUUGUGUUAUUCUCCUCCGCUAUGUAUUUUGCAGAAUUCGAGGGUAAUCCGUCUUAUUUCCCCAGCAUCCCCCACGCAUUUUGGUACACUAUCGUAACGAUGACCACUGUAGGUUAUGGAGACGCUGUACCUAUUGGACCAGCCGGGAAGGUGAUUGGAAGCUUGUGUGUUUUAGCGGGAGUGCUGGUGAUUGCCUUACCUGUACCUGUUGUGGUAGCAAACUUUAGUACUUACUACCUUCAUGCAACUGGAAGGGGAGUGCUCACUUCGCGAUAA